CGCAGCCUCCUCCCCCGGGGGCUGGGAGGUGCGAGGGGCAGGUGGAGGUGGCGAGGGGCUGAGCCCUGCUCCUGCUGCUGGUCCUGCUCCUCCUGCUGCUGCUCCUCCUGGUCCUAUUGCUGCUGUUGCUGCCAUGGAGGUGCUCCGCAUGCUGCUGGCCUCCACCCUGCUCCCUCUCCUGCCCCCCUCCGGAGCCUCUGUGCCCACCCUGGCUCCGCCGUUGACCAUGGUGGUGGACGGGCAGCGCCGGCAGCUGGUGGUGUGCGUGGUGAGCGACGUGCCGCCCGGCUCCGGCGACGCCGUCUGGAUCUCCAGCGGGAACGGCAGCGCCCUGCAGUCCUUCACCUACGGGGCCUCGCCGGAGGACGGCGGCACCGUCUGCGCCGUCUCCAUCCUCCCCGAAAGCCCCCCGCAGGGUGGGCUGCUGGCUUGCCACGUGGGGCCCAACAGCACCGCUCCGGCACGCAGCUCCAGCCCCAUCCCCGUCACAGGCAGAGGUGAGGAGGCAGAGCUGUGCCCCAGCACCGUGAUCGGGCCUCGUGCCUGUGGCUCCGCCGCCCUGCUGGCGGCCGCCCGAGUGGUGCUGCUGAAGGUGGCGCUCCUCGACGCCCUCCUCACCUCAGCCAUCAUGGCCCAGGGGUGAGUGCCUGGGGGGGGGGGGGGGGGCAGCACCCUGCUGG